CCUCCCUCCCGCACUCACCCGCAUCACUCUCCCCUGCAAGACACACACAGUCAUGUCGGCCAUGGAAGUCGACUCUGCGCCUGCGCCCGCCAAGCCGCCGCGCUUCCAGGUCAAGAAGUGGAACAGCGUCUGUCUGUGGUCGUGGGACAUUGUCGUCGACAACUGCGCCAUCUGCCGCAACCACAUCAUGGACCUGUGCAUCGAGUGCCAGGCCAACCAGGGCAGUGCCACGACGGAGGAGUGCACCGUGGCGUGGGGACAGUGCAAUCACGCGUUCCACUUCCACUGCAUCUCGCGCUGGCUCAAGACGCGCCAGGUCUGUCCGCUCGACAACAGAGAGUGGGAGUUGCAGAAGUACGGUCGCUGAGAGAGCAGCGCAGCGCUCCUUUCCCUCCGCCUCCGCUUCGCCCUCGCACCUCCGUUCCCGGCUCUCGUCCCCAGCACUCUCUCUGUACCAAUACCAGCCG